AUGAGCGACGAAAGUGAUGGAGAUGUUUCAGAGUACAAUGAAAGUAUUUCGAGCUCGGAGGAUGAAGAUGAAAGCGGGGAAGAAGUCGAAGAGAUCGACGAACUCGAAAGCGAGAAUGAAAAUAACGAAGAUAGUGAAAGUGAGGAGGACAAUGUCGCAGCUAACAGGCACCAAGGAAGAGGAGGAAAUAGACGUGGUCGUGGUGGAGGAAGAGGAGCCCGUGGUGGAGCAAGAGGCGCUCGCGGGGCAGCAAGAGGUGCUCGUGGGGCAGCAAGAGGCGCUCGUGGGGCAGCAAGAGGCGCUUGUGUUCGAUAUGCACGUGGCGCACGUCCUGGUAAUCCAGCUGAACAAGCAGCCCUUGAAGCACAAUGGGCUUCAGUUGAUGGGGAGCCCAAUAUUCCUCCUUUCACCGGAACUCCAGGAAUAAAAGUGCCGCUUCCAAACAAUCCUUCAACAGGUGACUUUUUGAAUUUAUUUCUCACUGAUGAUUUUUUUGAUAUGCUUGUUGAACAAACAAACUUGUAUGCUGCACAAUACAAAAGAAACAAUCCCAAUUUACCACCACAUAGCCGUGCCAAUGAGUGGUUUGAUACAAACAGGGCAGAAAUGAAACAGUUUGUUGCCCUUUCACUAUUGAUGGGAAUUGUCAGAAAGCCAGAAAUAUCACAUUAUUGGAGUACAAAUCCUCUCCUCAAAGGAUCCAUUUUCAAUAGUGUUAUGCCUAGAAAUAGGUACCAGUCCAUUCUUCAGUUCCUUCACUUUGCUGACAACAGCCAGUUUGAUCCAAAUGACCCUGACCGUGAUCGACUGUACAAAGUCAGGCCCGUUGUUGAUUACUUGGUAAACAAAUUCAAGAAUGUUUAUGUUCCUGAGGAUCACAUAUCCAUUGAUGAGGAACUCCUUUUAUGGAAGGGAAAUCUUUCAUUCAAGCAGUACAUUCCCAUGAAGCGCGCGCGAUUUGGAAUAAAGCUGUUCAGCUUAUGCGAAACCUCUGGCUAUUUAUGGAAUUCCUUUGUUUACCUGGGUAAAGAACCAAACAGAAAUGGUGAUGACCCACAAAUAGUACAGAGGCUUGGCAAAAGUGGUGCUGUUAUCGUAAGGCUCAUGGAAACUCUGCUAAACAAAGGCUACAGGCUGUAUGUGGAUAACUGGUACACCAGUCAAGCAUUAUUCAACUACUUGCAUGAAAAUGAUACAGCUGCAUGUGGAACUGCCCGAAAGAACCGCAUCAAGCUCCCAAGAGCAUUCACGGAUGCUCCACUUGAAAAAGGGGAGCAUAGUUUUCGAAGAAAUGGUGACCUUCUGGCGGUACGAUACAAUGACAAGAAGGAAAUAUACUUCUUGUCUACCAUUCACAAGGCAAAUAUGGUCAACACUGGCAGGCGGGAUCGGCAGGGAAACCAAGUCAGGAAGCUGCAACUUGUCCACGAUUACAACCGCUACAUGGGAGGCGUUGACCAUAAUGAUGAGAUGCUUGCUAAUUACAUCUCAGUUCGAAAGAGCAUGAAGUGGACAAAGAAAGUUGCUUUCCACUUCAUUGAAGAAGCAAUACUGAAUGCAUACCUCCUGAACAAGAAAUCUGACAACAGGAAACGCUAUCUCAAGUUCAAGUUGGAUGCAAUUUCAGCACUUCUUGCUUCAGGUGGUGCAAAUGUUGCUGCCCCUGCUGCAACUGAUCGCUACUCAGGGUGCCAUUUUCCUGAAUUGAUACCUCACACCCCAAUGAAACAGAAUCCCCAAAAGAGGUGUGUGGUAUGUACUCGAAACAAGAAGAGAAAGGAGUCCCGGUAUCAAUGUGGUGACUGUCCAGAGAGGCCAGGACUUUGUGCUGCACCAUGCUUCAAGAUCUACCAUACUCAGCCUAACUAUUGAAGCCAAUAAACUUUGUUUUGUUAUUGCAAAAAGGAGACAUGCAGGAAACUGAAACUUGUUAUUAUUUUGGGACAAAUGAUCAUCUAAUUAUAAAUUCAAUAUGGCUGCUGGUCAUGAUUAUAUGGGAAAAAGAGACAAAUCAUUGACAAAAGUUAACUUUAUUGAACUUUGUGGUUUUAUGAGAACAAUAACAUUAUAAGGGAGUACAAAGAAGAAAUGAAAUCUGUUAUAUAAGAUGUUUUUGAAAAUCAUUUUUAUCAAAUUGUUUUUUUAUUAUAAAUGCAACCACACUGGCAUAGAGGUUGUAAUAACCUAGCCAAUAAAAAUACAUAUUUGAUGUAUUGACUAUUGUAGUGCAAGAUUGAUUACUAAAAAGAGUUAUACAAUGCCAAAGGGCUCAAAUUGUUGAGUAAAAUUAUUUUAUGAAAAAUCCAAUAUGGCCGCUGGUUGCGAGGCAUGCACCUGGGUUGGCAUUCAAAGG